CGCCCCCGUCGCGCGUCGCGGAGGCACGUGUGGAGUCCCAGCGGCGGGAGCGUCGCAGACCAAGAAAGGCUUCAGAGGCCAGGCCAGAGUGCAGCGCUAUUGGGCUCCCUGUCAGGCAGUUGCAGAGACUGAACUAGCCACACCCUGCCCAUGCCCACUGCUGGGAUGUAGGCCUCGAAGCCUUCUACCUAGACCCCAGACCCUCAUCCUGCCUCCUGACUUGCUCAUACCUACACACACCCCUCCCCAGGUCCUUGGCACUUGCCAGACAUUAGCACCAUGAGCUUCGUGGCAUACGAGGAGCUGAUCAAGGAGGGUGACACGGCCAUCCUGUCACUGGGCCAUGGUGCAAUGGUGGCAGUGCGUGUGCAGCGUGGGGCACAGACCCAGACCCGGCAUGGUGUCCUGCGGCACUCAGUUGACCUUAUCGGCCGCCCCUUCGGCUCCAAGGUGACGUGCGGCCGAGGUGGCUGGGUGUACGUGCUGCACCCCACGCCGGAGCUCUGGACGCUGAACCUGCCGCACCGCACACAGAUCCUCUACUCCACAGACAUCGCCCUCAUCACCAUGAUGUUGGAGCUUCGGCCCGGCUCUGUGGUCUGUGAGUCUGGUGCUGACCGUCAACCUCUAGUCCUCAGUGCUGAUGGUGAAGCAGAGAGAGUUGCCCCUUCUGGAAAGAGGCCAGGGCUACCCCAAGGAGCUCACUGUAGGUGGAGAGUGUUCCCAUCCUCAUCCGUGAUCAGAUCCUCACCUGCCACCAAUGAAUAUAUGCCAGGUCCCCUCCUCGGAACCGUGAACAAGACAGACCGGGUUCCUGCCCUCGAGGAGUGGGGACACAGCCUGGGCACCGGCAGUGGCUCUGUGUCCCACGCCAUCAUCCGCACCAUUGCACCCACGGGCCACCUGCACACGGUGGAGUUCCACCAGCAGCGGGCAGAGAAGGCCCGGGAGGAGUUCCAGGAGCACCGUGUGGGCCGCUGGGUGACUGUGCGCACCCAGGAUGUGUGCCGCAGCGGCUUUGGCGUGAGCCACGUGGCCGACGCCGUCUUCCUGGACAUCCCGUCACCCUGGGAGGCUGUGGGCCACGCCUGGGAUGCCCUCAAGGUCGAAGGUGGGCGCUUCUGCUCCUUCUCGCCAUGCAUCGAGCAGGUGCAGCGCACGUGCCAGGCGCUGGCGGCACGUGGCUUCUCGGAGCUGAGCACCUUGGAGGUGCUGCCACAGGUCUACAACGUGCGCACUGUCAGCCUGCCACCACCCGACCUGGGCGCAGGCACAGAUGGCCCUGCCAGCCCUGACACUGGCCCCUUCCGCAGCGGCACGCCCAUGAAGGAGGCCGUGGGCCACACUGGCUACCUGACCUUCGCCACCAAGACCCCAGGCUAGGGCGUCGCCACCCAGGGCAUCAGGGAGCUGGGAGCACCGAAGGGCUGGGCAGGGAGGCCAGAGGCACCUUAUAUGGUCUGCAAUGCCUGCCAGACACAGAUGGUGGGGCGGGGCUUGGGGGCCUCCUGGGUGGCCAGAGUGGGACGGCAGGAGGGGUGGCUAUGAUGGAGGAGGAGUGCUGGGGCUGGGCCUCAGCCAUUGCUGUCCAGUCCCGCGGCCCAUCCCAGCUGCUGUUUGUUGCCAAUAUGAAGUCUCCACUGUCACAGGCUCCCCUGGAUGUUGAGGCCAAAGGGUGCAGGUGGGGGAGUCUGACCCCCUCCCAGGUGGGCCUAAGCAGGAAGGGAGUGGGGGAGGGAGGGGGCAUUGUCCCCGAGGCCAUGCUGCAUCUGACUCCUGAGCCCCCACGGCCCUGGCUGCCCCACAGGGCCUGAGACCAUCUCGUGUUUCUCCAGUUCCCGGGCCGAGGCUCCAGCCUGGGCCAGAAGCUGGGGUGAGAUGACCCAGGAUCCCUGCCCUGCCCUCCCCAGUGCUAGGAGACCAGGCCAGCCCAGGAACCAGGGAGGUGACCCUGCUCUCUGGCCUUCAGGCUGAUGUCACAGCACUGGGCUCAGCCCAGGCCUGCGUCCACUCAAGUCCAAGAGGCGGGGCAGCCCGCACCCAGCCAGAGCCCCUUGACACAGGCCAGGCAGCGCUGCGGAGAGCAGCAGCAGAGCGGGUUGUUCGCCACAGGCGACCAGGCAAGCGUGUCGGGGCUAGGGUGUGAGUGCCAGCCUGUGAGUCCUGGAACUAUGUGGGCACCCCUACCCCUCACAGAAGCCAGGGGCAUGGAGGAGGCCCCCCCACGGGACAACAGUGUAGGGUCCAGGAGGUGUGUCCAGGACACCUUCCAGGGACAGUGCCUAUGUGAACACCUCUCAAAGGCUAAGGGGGCAUUUUCCAAAGCGGGGACAGAGGGUGGGACACCCAGGCUGGGGGGCUCUCCUCGCCCGCCCUGGUGUGUGACAGCCUCAAGGGAGGACCGGUGCCUAUGUCAGCCAUGGGGUCCUUGGAGCUGCCCCUGGUGCCUAGGGGGCCUGGGUUUCAGCCCAUGGAGUCAGCGGCUGUUGGGAGCCUCAGCGGCUGUAGGGGCCUUGAGUGCUGUGCUGGCAGGCGCCUGGCCCUGAGUGUCAGUGAUGAGCAAUAAACGUGCCAUCCCC